ACGUUUUGUCAUUCCACUAAGACUUUCUGACAGUAGAAGAGAAAGAAAGAGGAGCUCAGUGCGGACAGUUUUUCAUUUACAUUUUCGUUUGGUUUGGAAGACUUAAUUAAUUCACUUACGAUCGGACGCUAUACGGAAACCGUAGACGGUGUCUAUAACACAGUCGCACACAACAAUCAGCUAAAAUGAAUAUGAAGAAAAAGGUUCUGCUUAUGGGCAAAAGUGGAUCGGGGAAGACGAGUAUGAGAUCGAUUAUAUUUGCCAAUUACAUAGCCAGAGACACGAGACGAUUGGGUGCUACAAUUGAUGUCGAACAUUCGCAUGUCAGAUUCCUUGGAAAUUUAGUGCUUAAUCUAUGGGACUGUGGCGGCCAAGAGUCGUUCAUGGAACAAUACUUUGCCUCGCAAAAGGACAACAUCUUUCGGAAUGUGGAAGUGUUGAUUUAUGUAUUCGAUGUGGAGAGCAGGGAACUGGAUAAUGACAUGCAUUACUACCAGUCCUGUUUGGAGGCUAUUUAUAAGAAUUCACCCGAUGCCAAGAUCUUCUGCUUAGUCCACAAAAUGGACCUGGUGGCCGAAGAACAAAGAGACGAAAUUUUCAGUGUUCGCGAACAUGAUUUAAAGAAAUUAUCGUCGCCGCUUUCAUGUACCUGCUAUCGAACGAGCAUCUGGGACGAAACACUGUACAGAGCCUGGUCGAAUAUCGUUUAUAUGCUGAUACCGAAUGUGAAGGCGCUGGAGAAUACGCUGAGAUAUUUUGCCGAGAUUAUCGAGGCCGAGGAAGUGUUACUGUUCGAACGGGCAACAUUUUUGGUCAUAUCACAUUAUCAACGGGUCGAACAUCGGGAUUCGCAUCGUUUUGAGAAAGUGUCGAACAUCAUCAAGCAAUUUAAAUUGUCGUGUUCGAAGCUGGGCGCCAAAUUCCAAUCUAUUGAGGUACGAAAUAGUGACUUUGCUGCAUUCAUAAAUACCUUCACAACAAACACAUACGUUAUGGUGGUCAUGUCCGAUCCGACGAUACCAUCCGAAGCGGCUCUGGUGAAUAUCCGAAAUGCUAAAAAACAUUUUGAAUUGUUGGAAAAUCCAAAUAGUACGAGCAUAGCCCACCAUUACCAUUGAAAUUCGAUACAAUAAAUUUAGCAAAGGGAAAAAAAAUGUUGGACUGUAGGGUGAAGUAGAGAGACUUCCUAACAUUUUUUUAUUUGUUAUUUUGUAAAAUUAAACUUAAAUUACCCCCAUACCACCACAAUUAUGAAUUUUAGUUCUUUUAUUCUUUUCUUUUCUUGAUUUUUGAUUUAACAUUCAAAUUUUCUUUAAUUUCUUUUUGUUAUUUUUCGUUGAAAAUCUUCUUUGGUUUAAAAAAACAUUUUAUGACUUAAAAAGCGUAAAAUUAAGCGAUUUUAUUACAAAAAUUUAUUUUCUAUUUUUAACUGACGGAUCAUGAAGAAGAUUCGGUCACUUUAUAUUUUUGCCAUCGAAAUAAAACAUUGAGAUCAAUUUUACAUUUU